UCUUCACUUUGCACAAGUUAUUCUCUUUAAAAAAAAAAAGUGAACAAGCCAAGCAUGAAGAACUCCAACAUUUUCCUUCUCUUCUUGGUGACACUUUUGGUCAUCAUUGGAAACGAGGUGGCAAUAGCGACGAGGGUUGGUGGUGGUGGAGAUGGGGGGAAGAAGUGCAAGGUAGGGACGUUCGACACGCCUCAGUGCGUUCCCCAAACAUGCUUCUUUCAGUGCGACUUGAAGUACGGGAACCCAGUUGUUGGUCAAUGUGAAAAUGGUGCUUGUAUUUGUUACGGCCCAUGUUGAUCGUCACUAUAGCUAUUUCUUGUAACUUAAUUAGUGCACCAAUAAA